GCGCCGCCAACACACCGGCGCUGCACCAGCCGGCAUCGGCGGCAGGCCAGGCGUAACGGCCGCAUGGCUCGCUGACGGCGCUGCCGAGAGAAGCCCGCCAAACAGGUUGGCAGCCAUGGCGGACGAGCAGGAGACUGGUUUUUCGGGUUUAGCCGGUAGCCCUGAACAACCGACGAGCGAGGACCGGGUCGGGCCGUCAGCAACACCGACAGCCGCCGCUCGCGGUGCCCACAGUGGCGCCCCAGCGGAGGGUGGCGCAGGAGGAGGAGGAGGUGGCGGAACCGCGCAUGCCCUGGUCGUGCUGCCCGGCACCUCGGGGACCACCCUAGCGGCGCUACAGGCACCCGAGCCCAUCGGCGAACUAGCCGCCCACGAUCCGCAGGAGGCGUCUUCGUCGGUGGUCACCGGCAGCGAAGUCGAGGCCGUAGCGGCGGCGGCGGCAAACCUUGUCGGCGGCGCGACAGGAACUGUGGUCGGCGUCACCGGUGACCCGGACGACGACGAGGCGUGCGUCAAGAACGUGGCCCUGGUGCUGGUCGAGGGACCCGACCAGCAGCAGCAGCUGGCUGCGCUCGUGCUACCUGACGCCGGGCAGCGCAUGUCGGCUUCGGGGCCCACCAUGGUCCUGCAGGACGGUGAAGCUGUGGCUGCGGCCAACGGCCAGGCGGGCGGCGUCACGGCGGCCGCGUGGCGCCAAUACUACGACCACCCGCUCACGGCGGCCACCACUGCCAUGCUCAACAUCCACGAGGAGCAGGCGCUUAUGUACGAGUACGCCGGAGCGCUCAAGCAGCAACAGCAACUCCAGGGCGCCGUCACCCUGCCGGAGAUUUGGACGCACGCCGUGACCGUGCCGGCCACAUCCGCAUCUUCGCCGCCCACGACGGUGGUCAAGAGCGGCCACGUGUCGCCGGCCCUGGUGCAGAUGGCGGAGGACGUCAUCGCGUCCCGCAAGGAGGACAUCUUCCUGCCCAAGGCCGAAGUGCCGGACGCCGGCGGAGGGGGCACGUGCGCGGACUCGCUCGUGAAUGCCGCCCUAAGCGGAGAGCCAAAGGCCGAGGAAGUGUGCGCCACAGUGAUCACCAUCAAGCAGGAGGCCAUCGAAGGCACCAAGUCGGACGAUCUGCUCGAACCCAAGAGUCCCUACUCACCCGUGUUCGCCACCGUGCAGCCGGCGCAGCCCUACGGCGGCGACCUGUUUAGUGUGCUGACCACGAGCGCCUUCUCGGGCGGCAGUAGCCCGCCCAGACCCGUGUACUCCAGCAGCGCUUCGGAAUACUACAGGCCCGGCGCCGCGGUGGACUAUUACGCGGCGGCGACGACCACAGGCACCGACCAGUACACGCAGGUAGUGCGGCAGCAACAACACCUAGUGGCAGCCGCUGUAGCGGCUGGCGGCGCAGGUGGCGCCACAGGCACGUACGUCGAACCCGAGCCGGGGUUCGUGGACCGCUACAUCCGCCAAAAUGGCUCGGCGGUUGUGAACGGUUACAAGAGCGGUAUGCUCACCGUCGACCUGCCUUCACCCGACUCGGGGAUAGGCGAGGCGACCAUGACGCCUAGGGAGUCAACAGGCCUGCAACAGAUGUUCGACUACGACAUCGGGCAACCGCAAAUCCUUGCCUCUCCCGAGCAAACCAAUGGCACAACAAGCAGUGGGAGUCGGCCAGGCAGCUCGCAGUCUAUGCGACGAUCGUGGCAAGAGUUCAGUCGGGCAUCCGAUGCCGACAAGAUUCAAAUACCAAAAAUCCAAUCAGAUGUAGGGUUCAAGUAUUACCUGGAGUCUCCCAUCUCGACAAGUCAAAGGAGAGAGGACGACAGGAUCACAUACAUCAACAAGGCAGGUCAGUUCUACGGUAUUACGCUCGAGUACGUCCCGGACCCGGACAAGCCUCUUCGAAAUACCCCAGUCAAAAGCCUCAUCAUGCUCGUGUUCCGGGAAGAAAAGUCUCCCGAAGAUGAAAUCAAAGCGUGGCAGUUCUGGCACAGCCGGCAACACAGUGUCAAACAACGAAUCCUCGAUGCCGACACGAAGAACAGCAUGGGCAUUAUUGGCCAGAUUGAAGAGGUCACUCACAACGCCAUUGCCUUUUAUUGGAACCCUCUCGAAAACCCUGCCAAGGUGAACGUGGCCGUGCAGUGUCUCAGCACAGACUUCAGUAACCAAAAGGGUGUUAAGGGUCUGCCUCUGCACCUGCAAAUCGACACCUACGAUGAAUACAGGGAAAGCUGCACCCCAGUCCACCGAGGCUACUGCCAAAUCAAAGUCUUCUGCGACAAGGGCGCUGAACGAAAGACCCGGGACGAGGAACGGAGGGCAGCCAAGCGAAAACUCAGCGCUACAGGCAAUGGGCGUAAGAAGAUUGAAGAGAUGUACCACCAGUCCUGUGAUAGGUCCGAAUUCUACUCCAUGAGUGAUCUCAGUAAACCUCCAGUGUUGUUCACGCCAAAUGAGGACACAGACAAGGUAUCCGGAAUGGAACUCAGUUUCUACACAAGCCAAAUGAUGACAGUGGACGAUCCAGCCUGUGCCGAAAAGAUAAAGCUACCCCCCGAGGAGCUCCCAGCUGCUGCUGUGACGACUGCUGACUGGCCUGGAAUUUUCGGGCAGGCCAGGCUCGAAAGGAGGGAGAAACUUGAACCAUGUGCCAACGAUUCGGCCAUCAUCAGUCCACCGCUCAAGAAGAUCAAGGUGUAUCCAAGUGAUCGAGUGCUUCUGUAUGCCCGCCGGGAGAAGGAAGAGUACUUCCUACCUCUUCAUUUGGUGCCACCUUCGCUGGCUGGUCUAGCGAAAGCGAUUGAGAGCAAGUACAAAGUAGAUGCUUCAAGUUUAAAGAACAUAUUUAAGAGAUGCAAGAAAGGGGUGACUGUACGAAUGGAUGACGAUAUGGUCAAGCACUACUGCAACGAGGACACCUUCAUCAUCGAGCUGGAGCCGACCGGCGAGGACUCCAUCGACGUGACGCUGGUGGAACUGUGAGCCCAGCAGUGUCUGCCCUGCCGCAACUGCCCGCUGUACAUAGCCGAGUCCCACUCCACUGUUGUACCAUACUUCCUUUUUCUACCGAGCCGUCGACCACGCACCGAGAGCGGCAAGGCGACGUGCGUACGACUCCCAGCGACGCGCCGGAUCGACGUUCCCGCUCUCGGAACAAGCUGUAGGGCGCGCUCGUGGCGACCCCGCUCCGUCGGGCUGAGCUACUUUCUUACGGCCAAUUCUACGAUGCUCCGCACUUUCUACCGAACUUGCGGAGCUGAAGUGCGUUACUCAAAUCGGCUCGUUCUCUCUCUCUAUCUCUCUCUCUCUCAGUCCGCGAAAAUCAUCUUACAUCUUUUGGUAGAGGGCUGUACCUUUAUUCUUUUUACCAUGUGUACUUUUUUUCCACGGUUGUGAGGAAAGAAUUUUUUUCACUUUUAUGGGGAAAGAAAAAGAAACAUCUGAAUGAUAGCUCAAGCCUGAUUCCAAGUGUGGACGCCAGGCAAACUCUUACAUUCUCGUCUUCAUUUUGGAGAAACCUUUCUUUUUAUUUUUAAACCAUCAGCAGGGUUGAGCUGUAGACACCAAACUUACUCUUUUGUUUUAAUGUUCUUUGACCCCACCUGUGGCAAGCGUGGCAUUUUACUGUGGAAUUCAGUGGAACGCGAGUGUUGUAACUGUUUAACUAUUAAUUUAGUCGCCAAUAUUUUUUAAAUCGAUGGAGGUAUACAUUUUUUUAUCGCUUGUGAGACGGUAUGUGAGAAAAAAAGAUCCCCUCAUGAGGCAUGCACGUAUGCCCAAGAGUUUUGUAAAUAUUUCAGAGUGAAAGCUUGCACGCUUAUAAUGCUAUAUGUGACAGUGCUAAUCAAGCACUGGUCCUUGCAUCUUGCCACAGAUUGCGGAAAAUGACAGAGUCCGACCUGCGUACAAAUGAUUCAACUUGUUCCAAAUGUUGCAAAGUGCCCAAACAUGCGGACCAACACUUUUGACGUAUGCAGGAUGACAAAGCACCGUGCCAACAUUUUUCAAAAAUGACCUCAAGAAAAUACCUAAAGGGACACUGAAGAGUGGUUAAUUAAGAAUGACAAUUAUUGUUAAUAUUAAUUAUUAUUAUUUGGUCAUAAUUAGUAAAAAUAACUAUUGUGAUUAAUUAAUAUUAAGACUGACAAAUAGGCCAGUGUUAUUUUGACAGCAGAAGCUUGGUCAGCCAGGAAAACAUAACAUCCAAGGGUGGCAUCGCCAACCUCGAAUUCCUGCGAACUUAGAUGUCUGGUCAAUGCUAGUUAAUCAUAAUGAGAACACAAUAAAGAAAUGAAAAACACUCUAAAUGGAUAGAAAACGUGAGAAGAUGCCGUGAAACUUGCGAUAUCUUGCGGGGAAACUUUGUCACUUGGGCAUGUAAUUCGAGGCGUGCAAAGUUUCUUGCACGGUUCAUUUUUUACGCUGACAGAAAGUCCUUUCUUUGCCAAAGAAAUGCGUAAAAGUAGGGAAACACUGACUCAUCAUCUCUUCAGCGUCCCUUUAACGUUGGGGCACGUUUAAUUCGACCGGCAAUUUUUGUAUAGUCUCCUGCAUGCAGCCCCCGGGGGUCGAGCCACAAACAUUCCAGCCAAAUGCAAUAACGUUUGCAUGAAGCCUUUAAUUUUUUGUCUUCCGCACUUGCCCUCAUCAGUGAGCUUCUUUCAGACUGAAUUUCAUGACCCGCAAGCCAGAAUACUCCUUAAGUUAUUGCUUCUUGUUCACAUCUUUUAUAUUUUCCUUCAAGGGGCCUGCAGCAUCGCCUUUUUUAUUUUCGCUUUGAGCUCUCCUCAAUGCUGUGCCCAUCUCUUGCUGCUUUUGACGAAGAGCUAGCCGUUGGCCGCAGAUUGUUGCGUGCGCUGACAAAAUGCAUUGCCUUCCCCUCCGAGCCGCAUCACUCACUCCGAGGGUUGUUUCAAGGUCGCAGAGAUGAACUGCCACUGUGUGUUUCCUUUAUUUGUUUUUUUUUUUUCAUUCGUGCAUGUGUGCCAACAUUUCACAAUUUGGGGAUGCCCACGGGAACACCGGAACAUGUAAACGGUGCCUGAAAACUGCGAGUGUCAGAGAUGCGGGCACUUUUAACGCGCCGAUCGCGAUACGCUCGAGAGCCCACGCUAAACUUGUCGACACUGGAAGGUAGGGCGAAUUACACUGCUCUGCUUGAAAUGCGUAAUUUCGUUUCUGCUGUUAAGAUGGAGACUGCCUAGGCUUUUUGCUGGCCAUUUCGGACGGUGCAUUGCACUUGCCCGGUCACCGAGGCACAGAUUCUGCGGGAAACGCUUGGAUCAUAUUGCACUGUUUGUCGACCGUGUACUGAGAACGUACACCGUGAUACAAUGCAGACACUCCCCUUUCCUCGCGCGGAUGUGGAUUGCCGCAAUUCGAGAAAUCAGGUUGCCCGUCCGAAACAACAGAUGGAAUUUUACCACGAAAUAACUUCCGCAGUUUGUUCCAAAAACUGCAAAGCCAACAAAAUAUUUUUUUUCCAUUCUUUCGCAAAACUAGCCAGCAAGCAGACUCGUUCCCAAAUUCAACUGUUGCAAGGACUUCCCGAACACUUAAUUUUAUUCCAACCAUGGGCACGUCGCAAGGCACGGCAGAGUCCUUUUUUCGCGACGAUGGAUUGAGUCUAAGUGGGUUAAGAAACACUGAAAAUAAAAUAAGCCUUAUACGCCCCCACGUACAGCAGCAUUGCAUAACCAGCGCAAGAGCAUGCCAUUCACUUGCUUUCUUUAUCGUUUAUGCUUGUUUCGCAAAAGUAUGCAUCCCCAAGCAGCGCUCGCUUUGACGUUGAACGUUUUCUUUUCAUGCUUUCCUUUGCCAGUGUGCCUUCUCGCUUUUAUUUGCUUAGCUUACAGCUCAUUUCUCGAGUGCAACCGAUGUGUUUUCUGUUAAAUAUAUGCUUGCUUUAUAUCCCCUUAUAUCCUUUAUGUUAUAUUAUGUAUUCCCCCACCACAAUUGAGCCAAAUCGCUAUAGGAUCGUUGAGUCUAGUUCUUGUUUAUGAGUCUUGAAAGGUCUUGAGCGUUUCGAGCGCCUUGUUUUUUAUAGGAUGCUAUCUAUAUUAUAUAUAUCCUACAAACACACACACACACACAUACAUGCAUACACGCAAUAUGGACACGCUGCGAAACUUUUCCGCCACUGCAUCGCAAAAACCUGCACGAAUGCCUACAGCUUGCAACGCACUUCGCAACGCUGCUGCACCGCUCGCCUUGGCACUGUCUUGAACGAGAAUCUCUUCGACAACCUGCACUAAGCGGCUUACAGAACUGCUACGGCACAGUGCCCGACUAGAAGCAAGGAAAGCUACCCGCUAACGUUAACAGGGUUCAGCAUUUUUUUGGUUCCUACGUUAUCGCGAAUUUGGCACACCAUUUUGUUUCUACGUGAGCGUGCAGUUCUGGGUUUUCAUGUGGCAGCAGUUUCCUUUCCUUGUCCUUUUACGGACUACAAUUGCAUAAAUUGUCAUAGCUGUUAUUGUUUCUCAUAGUUCCACUCUCUUAACCGAGAAAUCGGAACCUUAGAUAUAAUGACUGAAAUUCAACACUGCCUCUAUGCAAGUGUAUUCUGGAUAACGCUUGAACCGUCUACAGUACUUGCAGAUUGAAACGCGGAGAUUUGGGGCUAAGUAAUGCACAUAUACUUUCAUUUUCAGCGUGGCCGCUAUGGUGGUCUAGUGACUAAGGUGCUCGACUGCUGACCGGAAGGUCACUGGAUUGAAUCCCGGCUGCGGCGGUCACAUUUCGAUGGAGGCGGAUGCUGGAGGCCCGUGUACUUAGAUUUAGGUGCACGUUAAAGAACACCAGAUGGUCAAUAUUUCCAGAGCCCUCCACUACGACGUCCCUCAUAAUCAUAUUGUUGUUUUGGGACGUAAAAUUCUGACAAUUAUUAUUAUAGUUCAUGUCAAAUCGCUCUAAUUUUUGCUCAAACACGUACACCAGAGCCAACACUACAUUUAGCGGCCACAUUUGCAGCGACAUAACGCAGUUAUCACAAGCAAUCAUGGCAGUCGUUGUACUAAAGAAAGAGAUGUCGCGUUUCAAUCUUUGAGCACUGUAUAUGUGCUUUUCACGUGCUGCGUAAUUCUGUCCCUCCAAUAGCUGCCAGUUGUGCCACACGCAAUGCGCGGGCCUGGCCAAAGUCACUGCAGUUUAGGACAGGCGGUGCAAAGCACUCCCAACAGACAAAACCAAUGCAUGCACUAUUUCAUUGCUUCGAAGCUGCUUUGAGAAAUGCAAAGCUUGUAAAAAAAGCACAAAUAUGCUUGUGUCAUUUGCCAAAGAGACGAGCGCUCCUCGAAAGCCCAGUCUUGUUUGAUCGUUAGGAAAUCUACCGGACAGGUAAAGAUGUUCAGCGAACUUGUUACAAGUGCGACAGAAAGCAAGUUCCUUCUAACUGCGCUUGUUUAUUCUAUGUCUCUGUUACAUUGCUGGGGUUGACCACCAACAGCGACAAAGAAUAAUGAUAACCUGCAGUCCUUGGUCAUUAAAAAGGGGAGUAUCAUGUGAAACGUUUGAGUUGGCAGGCCUUUGCUAGUAACAGUUCUGCAGCCAGCUUUAAACGCUCAAGUAUGUUCACAUUCCCAGCCGUGUCAUCCAGUGCCUGGCAGCGAAUAGGAGGGGAAAACACAAAUGUGCAAUAUUACAUACCUUCUGCGAAGACAGGCCUAGCUACUUACGUUGGCUCCAACGGCAGUAAGAGUAAACGAGACAUCUGUGUAGAGUUUAACACGUUUUGGAAAGAAUUUUUACAUUAACACGAGAGAUUUAAGAUCAGGUGUUGGAGGAGCUGUAAAACAUUUUCGGGAGCCAGCAAAUCUUUUUUUUCUUUACCACUCGAUCUUGUCUCAGAACUCAAAAGGCAAGACAGCGGUUAUCAAAACAUCGUUGGCAACUCUUUUUCGCGCGACCUACAGGCCACAUUCUAGUUCUUUAGGACAUCUGCAGGCUCCUUCAUUUUUUACCUGUGAUACAAGUCUCAAUUUUUACGGCGGCGAGCGAUGGUACGUCCAAAUCACAAACCCCGCGCAUGAGGAGACAAAAGACGAGUAUUACUCGAAGCCAAGGUCCCUUCACAUUAAGCUUGCCUUGUCUUCAUCACACAUUUUUUAUACAAACAUCGACGUGUAGAGCCUGUUUCAUUUUUUUUAUGUGGAUGAUCUUUAUUUGUACGUAAUGUUUAUUUUUCUUUUCUCUUUGUGGUGUUUGUGUGGUGGCAUGCCUUGCCAGGGGAAUUUCUUACUUCCCCGAGAUUCCAGCUGACAAAAGAUGAGAUGAGUGUACGUCUCAACCUAUCGCUGUAACCGCGAGAGUGUACAGCGGUUGAAAGUGAUGGCCGGCGAUGCACAAAAAAUGCACAUCGUUUAAUUGUAAGGGAAGACAAAAAGAGUAAAACGUAUGGGGGACAAAUUAAAAAAAAAAACACCCUCAUCUAUACAGUGCCAUAUUUCUACCGAGACAUUUUUGUUUCUUUUGUAGUAUAGUUGCUUGGUCACAGACUCAAAGGCCCUUUUUCAUGUCUGCAACCCUCAAGGUGUGAACAGCUUUCUCUGUUGUCAGAUGAUUGCGUUGUGUACCUUGGUUGUUCACUGCGCGUCAUCUUUGUCGUGCAUUGUGAAAGAUGAGUUGUCAUGCAUUGUUGGCCUUAACGGCGAUGACAAAAGCCCAGAGUCUUCCAAGAAAAAAAAAAACUUCCCAAAGUCUUGGCAUGCCGCAAGUGUUGUGUGUGUUUUUUUUUUUUUUUUUAAUGCCUGGUGUACUCCACCACGUGAUGUCCUUGCUCUUUGAGGAUCUCUUGCUCCCCCCCGCAUUGUAUUCACUCGUCUGUGGGAACAUACGAGUAUAUCUCUACUUACAUUAUCAUGAAAACCAAUAAAGCUUGCCACACCUUGUUGCUCUCA